UUAGAACUGACCGAAUAUGUUUGUAAACACAAAGAUACUAUAUCUUCUAAGCUUGAUCAUUGCUGUGGGUUGGCUCUGGUGGAAAGACCAACAUGCCUUCAAGGUUUAGAAAAUGAUGAAAAGCCUGCUCCUCCAGACCACCCACCAAAGCAAAUAAUAAAUGAGGCAGAAGCAUGUCAAUCUUAUAAUGAACAUCCAGAUGAACACCUGGAAAGCUUUCUCUUUAACUUAACAAGAAGCCACCUUGAGCUUUCUAAACUGCUUGAUGUGGAAAUUUUCCUAAGAUAUAGAGACCAGUUGAAGGAAUGCUGCAAAGUGGAACAUCAUGUAGAGUGUAUUCAUGGUGGGGAAAAACAACUUGAAUCGCUCGUUACUAAGAUUGAGGAAGUUGUGAAGAAAAAUUGUGAACAGUAUAAAAAAAUAGGAGGGUACUUCUUCCAAAACGAACUCUUGGUCAAGUAUACCAAGAUUAUGCCUCAGCUGCCAUCUUCAAAACUGAUUGAGUUCACAAAAGAAUUGACACACGCUGCUGAGGAAUGCUGCAAAUUGGAUAAUCAUCACCAACUGUCAUGUGCUUUAGAGGAUACGGACAAAGUGAUAGGAUCUAUAUGCCGGUAUCAUAAAGAGCAUCACAUAAACAACCAGGUUUGCCAAUGCUGUGAUUCCCCCUUCAUCACACGUUGGGAAUGUAUCAGUAACUUAGAUGCAGAUCCAGACUAUGUCCCUCCUGCUACAUUCAAACCACACGUAAUGGAUCACCCUGACGUUUUGUGCUCAACUGAUGAACACAUUGUGCAGGAAAGUAAGCAAGGGUAAGUAAACAAACCCUUU